ACCUCAUUACUACUGAGCUCCCUCAUCCUAUUGCACUGUGAGCGGAGAGCGAGCUUCUUGGGGCUCCUUUACACUUUCCAUUUAACUUUAACAACUUGUGUUUUAGUGUAGUUUCAAGAAACCAUGUUUUGGACGCUCCUGUGCGCAAUCGCAGCCUUUGCGCCCGCGCCGGCAGAUGCGCAAGUCUCCGGCCGCUAUACCAUCGGAUGUCCCGCUCAGUGUGACAGGUCGAUGUGUCCCCGGAUGCCGUCCCACUGCCCGGCGGGACAACUCCUCGACGCCUGCCACUGCUGCCAGGUGUGCGCGUCCAGCGAGGGCGAAGCGUGCGGCGGCCUGGGCAAGCUCGGCGACCCGGUGUGCGGAGAGGGGCUGGAGUGCUCCGUCCCCGCCGGGGUGGCGUACACCGUCACCGUGAGGAGGAGAAGCAAGAGCGGGAUUUGCGCCUGCAAGGCCACCGAGCCGGUGUGUGGAAGCGACGGGGUGUCCUACCGGAACAUCUGCGAGCUGAAGAGGGUCAGCCGACGGGCGCAGAAGCUGCAGCAGCCACCUGUGGUUUUCAUUCAGCGGGGGGCCUGCGGGAAAGCUCAGGACAACCCAGACAGCCCAAGACACAAGUACAACUUCAUCGCCGACGUGGUGGAGAAAAUUGCUCCGUCUGUUGUUCACAUUGAACUUUUCCGCAAGAUGACCUAUACCAAGCGGGAGGUGGCGGUGGCCAGCGGCUCUGGCUUCGUGGUGGCGGAAGACGGACAAAUAGUGACCAACGCCCACGUGGUGGCCAACAAGCACAGGGUGAAGGUGGAGCUGAAGAGCGGCGGCACCUACGACGCCAAGAUCAAAGACGUGGACGAGAAGUCCGACAUCGCCCUCAUCAAGAUCGACGUGCCGACCAGGCUCCCCGUUCUGCCGCUGGGCCGAUCGUCAGACCUGAGACCGGGGGAGUUUGUGGUCGCUAUCGGCAGCCCCUUUUCCCUCCAGAACACCGUUACCACGGGGAUCGUCAGCACCACUCAGAGAGGCGGCAGAGAGCUGGGGCUACCCAACUCCGACAUGGAGUACAUCCAGACGGACGCCAUAAUAAACUACGGCAACUCCGGAGGACCUCUGGUAAAUCUGGACGGCGAGGUGAUCGGGAUCAACACGUUGAAAGUGACGGCCGGCAUCUCCUUCGCCAUACCCUCGGACAAAAUACGCGAGUUCCUGGCAGAGGCCUACGACCGGCUGUCCAGAGGGACGGCGGCUGCCAAGAAGAAGUAUAUCGGCGUGAGGAUGAUGACGCUCACCCCUUCGCUGGCUAAGGAGCUGAAGACUCGACAUCUGGACUUCCCAGACAUCACCUCUGGAGCUUACGUCAUGGAGGUCAUCGCAAAGACACCGGCCGCAGUCGCUGGCCUCAAAGAGCACGACGUCAUCAUCUCGGUCAACGGCCAGAGGAUCUCGUCCGCCACCGACGUCAGCGCCGCCGUCAAGCGGGACGGCAGCCUGAGGGUGGUGGUGCGGCGUGGAAACGAGGACGCCAUCCUCACGGUGGUUCCCGUGGAGAUCGACCCUUGACCCUCCGCAGGUCCCACCGUGGGGAGCUGGAGCUGGGUUUUUUUUUUUUUUUUACUCAUCACCAGUGGACCUUGUGCCGGAGGGGGGGCGGGGCUCCCACCGCCACGCCCGCCCCUCGCCGUGUGGCCAAACGCGAGCGGCGCCACACAUCCAGAAAUAAUCUGGCUUUGCCUUGAAAGAAAACGACUGUACAGAUGCUCAAGUGCUGUACUUUGUUCUCUGUGGUUGUUUUAACGUUUAGUCUUUAACGCUUUGGUUGCAACUGUUCGGUCACAAAGAUACGAAGUUGGUUAUCGGCAUUUUAUUUGUAUCUGCUCUCUCUUGUUUUGUGUCUUUUGUAAUACGGAGCAGGGCCUCUAAUGCGACUUCAAGCAACUCAGAGACUCGCUGGGAAAAUCUGAUUUCUGUGAUUGUUGUUUUCUAAAUUUCUUUUGUAAAGUACUGUAGAAUUGUUUUUUGGUCGAUGUAAUGUAUACUGAGAGGAAAAUAAAGGGUUUACCUUUUUUUUU